AUGGCCUGCAGGUUAGAUAUUGAAAUUCAAUCAAGGAAAUUGUUGAAACCCUCAGCUUACCCGGAUAAUCUACGGAGGCUGAAGCUUUCCUUGUUUGAUGAGCUGGCUCUUCGUAUAUAUAUACCGAUUCUCUUCAACUACUUGCCGAGCAGCAGUUCAACAUCAUAUGAUGAUGAUAAGCUUGAAAAAUCAUUGGCCGAGACGCUAACCAAGUUUUACCCUUUUGCCGGAAGAUUUAGAAAAGAUAUUGAUCCAUUCUCCAUCGAGUGCAAUGAUGAAGGUGUUGAAUAUGUUCAAACAAAAGUCAAUGCAGACGAUCUUGCCCAAUAUCUCCGUGGUCAAGCCCAUUAUGAUAUUGAGUCGUCUUUGAUUGAUCUUCUUCCAAUAAAAGAUGUCGAGCCAUUAUCGCCAUCAAGUCCGUUAUUUGGUGUCCAAGUGAAUGUAUUUAAUAACGGAGGAGUAACCAUUGGGAUACAAAUUUCACAUAUCGUAGCUGAUGCUUUCACUAUGGCAACAUUUGUAAAUGAAUGGGCGCACACUUGCCUUACAGGCCGGACCAUCAGUAAUAAUCCCGGUUUUGGUCAAUUGUCAUUGCUCUUCCCAGCAAAAGUGCUACAGUUUCCAUCUCCAUCACCUGAUCUCAACGCUAACACUACUACAACUGGCCCUAAUUAUAAGAUUGUCACAAGGAGGUUUGUCUUUGAUGCUUUGGCAAUAGAAAACCUCAGAAAAACAAUCAAAGACAAUGAUAUGAUGAUGAAGCAACCUUCUAGAGUGGUGGUCAUUAUGUCUCUAAUGUGGAAGGUUCUUACACACAUUUCUUCCGAAAAUUAUGGAAAUUCAAGGGACUCGUCUUUAGGAUUUCCUAUUAAUAUGAGGGGAAAACUGUCAUCUACUGCACCCUCUUUAGAACAUGCUCUAGGGAACUAUGUAAUGUUGGGAAUUGCUGAUAGGAAGGCAAGAAGAAAGGAUAUUGAGUUGAAUGAUUUUGUAAAGUUGGUAGGAAAUACAAUACGGGACACAUGUGAAGCCAUUGGUAAGGCGGAAAGCGUUGAUGACAUUUCCUCUCUAGCAUUUAACAAUCACAUAAAAGGUGUAGAAAAACUUCUCCAAGGAGACAAGAUGGACGUUUAUGUCACCACUAGAUGGUGCAAAUUUCCUUGGUAUGAAGCUGACUUUGGUUGGGGAAAACCAUUUUGGGUCAGCCCCGUUGGCGUCAAUCUUAUUGAAGGAGCUAUUAUUCUGAUGGACACAAAAGAUGGUAAUGGAGUACAACUAACAAUUUGUUUGAAGGAGAAAGACAUGACUGAAUUCGAGAAACACCUUCACAUUUUUUCCUCCACUCCCAUACUUGGAUAAAAGGAAUUUCUUAUUUUGCUUUGCUUCAUUCAUCACAAACCAAUGUUUGGCUAUGUUAUUUUUAUGUAUGUAUGUAUGUGUGUUAGCCCCUUGGCGCUAAUUGAUAUAAUAUCUUUAUUGUCUUGUUGGUUUAGUAAAAUGAAUUGAUUAUUAUUAUAGGCAUAAUGCAUAAGUGAAUAUUUCACAACAACACAACAUCAAGGAAGGGAAAUUUUGUUUAUCAAUUGAUCAAACACCUUUUUUGGUCAUGACUAGCCAACAUCAUGAUAAGUGAAUACGAGAUAUGGAAGAAUUCAAAUUCAGAUUACAAGCAUAGCAACAAGUUGCAGGAGUUCACUUCGGUCAUUAAUAGCCUACUGGAGAGAUAGCACAUGUUUUAUCAACACAACACGCAGCAGCAACCCACAAUCAGCCUAGACAAAUCCCCUUUUCAGCGCCCACAAUACAAGACAUACAACAAAAAUAGAUACACAGAUCAAACCG